AUGGGUUCAGGCUCAUCAAAAGCUGAACCUCCGGUGGUUGUCACAUCGAAAAUACCACUGUUCUGUUUGAAAAAACUUGGUCCUCGACAUGUACUGGUUGCAGGAGGAGGCGGUGAAUCAAAAACUGGUGUCUUGAACCUAAUACAGACGUAUCUCUUGACGUUUGAAAACAGAAAGCUUCCCAAAUGUUCUACUCCAAUGAAAGCCAUACUUGUUGACACGAUAGAUACAGACAUAUAUGCAACGAUGAAUAUGGAUGUUGUUUGUUGUUCGAAUCCUGAAAAGGGAAGGUAUCUCAUAGCAGCGGGUCACGGUCAGUAUUGCGAUGUAUAUGAAACAACGGGUUAUGGUGUCGGAAAAGACGAUGCCGAUGAAGCAGUCUUAAAGUUCAAUAUUAAGAUGGUUGGAAGACUGACUACAUCAGAACAGGUGGAAUCUUUUCAGAAAUGCGUGCGAUUUGAUCGCUCAACAGCCGGUAGACGCGUUGUCACUGGAGGUGAAGAUGGGCGAAUCCGUGUAUGGAAUACGCAAGCGCUGGUUGAAGAUCGAAAUCCAGAGGUCAUACAUAAGCCGCUUGUUGAUAUUGAAGCUCACAAAUCUGAUGUCUUCGACAUUGACAUUGCAUCCGAUGGACGAAUUAUCAUUUCCGUCGGGCAUGAUGGUAUCGCUAAAAUGUGGGAUAUGAGUCUUGGAACGCUCAUUCGGGAAGUUCCACAGCCUUCCGAGUGUGCAACAGGGUACAAGGUACGAUCGGUUAGAUGUACUCCGCUAGGAAAUGGUAGUAAUCUUGUGUUUGUCGCCGCAUACAAUGCGAUUUCCCUAACUUCGAAGCGAAAAUCAUUCUUAGCCUUGUGGGCUUACAGUCGAGAAAAACAAGCACUUCGAACAGUUGUUGUGCGAAGCACAGGCCGAGGGGAUGGUGUAUCGUCUCUCUGUGUAAGUUCUUGCGGAAACUUCACUGGAGUGGGAAGCAUGGGAGGUAGUGUAUAUAUAUUCGACACACAUGAAAUGAAGGAAUUGAUCGCGUUUAAGGAAACUCAUGGUAUUUUUGUGACCGCAGUAGAAUUCCUUGAUCGAACUGCAUCAGAUAUUAAAUCUCUUGUGCAACAACCUGCUUCCGGUCCUCCUCGCAACGUUCCAGGACCAGGUGCUGUUGCUCGAGCGUCAUUGAUAUCUCUAAGUGCCGACCAAACAAUUCAGGUGAUUAGUUUUGCAUUGAACUUGCGU